UAUAAAGUGAUUUCAGACAGAGCCCUUUCCUCUGAUACGCCUGGUCUGUAAUCAGCAUAAGAUCCGCUUGGUUUUUGUUUAUUGGGAUGUGUGUCUGGGAGUGGUGGGCUGGUUUAGGGUUAUUAUGAGUGAGUCGAGAGGGGGAGUUUGGUGCGCCAGUUCUCCAGUCUCAAUAGCAUUGACACUGCAGGGGAGGAACGCUCUGCCAAAUUUGGUAUACUAAACAGAUUCAGGACGCGCUAAUUCCUCCAGAUCUCUCUGACCAGCAUCCCGACCCCUAAUCCGAUUCCCUUUACCAUAGCUGACUCAAGGAAUCUGCGAGACAGAAAAAGGACAGCUCUGCCUCUUUCUAAUCCUUCCAAGGCAUACAUCGCAAUUUAUUUUUGAUUUUCUUUCAACUGAUCUGAUUUUGUGCUGUUCACAAAACCAAGUUUGGAGAAUCUGAAGUAAUUGCACAGCUUGAAGAAACAAAAAAAGUUCGUGAAAUCACAGAAGAAAAAAAAAAAAAAAGAAGAAAAAAAACCAAAACAACAAAAAAACAACCAUUAAGGAUGAAGGGUUUUCCUGGGCUGCUGCUGCUGGUGUUUGCAGUCGGGGUAUGGACACAGAAAUUGCCCACCAGAGAUGAGGAACUUUUUCAAAUGCAAAUUCGGGACAAGCCUCUUUUCCAUGAUUCCUCUGUGAUCCCAGACGGAGCUGAGAUCAAUGGAUACCUCUUCAGGGAUACACCCAAAAGGUAUUACAUUGUUGUGGAAGAAGACAAUACUCCUUUGUCUGUUACUGUGACGCCGUGUGAUGCUCCUCUGGAGUGGAAGCUGAGCCUGCAAGAACUUCCGGAAGAGUCUAGCGGAGAAGGCUCAGGAGAACCAGAACCACUGGAGCAACAAAAGCAACAGGUCAUCAGCGAAGAAGGCCCAGAGUUGUUCUCAUACAAAGGGAAUGACGUGGAAUCAUACAUGCCAUCCAGUUCCCCAUCUGGUUUAUAUCAAUUAGAACUUAUUUCAACUGAGAAGGAUACACAUUUCAAGGUGUAUGCCACCACAACGCCAGAGUCGGAUCAACCUUAUCCUGAGCUGCCAUAUGACCCCCGAGUUGAUGUGACUUCUCUUGGGCGCACCACUGUUACCUUGGCAUGGAAGCCUAGCCCCACUGGGUCUCUGAUGAAACAACCAAUCCAGUAUUGCGUGGUCAUCAACAAGGAGCACAACUUUAAGAGCCUUUGUGCUGUGGAGGCAAAAAUGAAUGCAGAUGAUGCAUUUAUGAUGGCACCUAAACCUGGACUGGACUUCAGCCUGUUUGAUUUCUCUCACUUUGGAUUCCCAUCAGAGAAUGACUCUGGCAAGGAACGUCCAUUAAUGAGUAAAUCUGCUGCUACAAAAUCUCGUCUAUAUGCUGGCAAACAAAAUCUAGAUCUUCAGAAAGUAUGUAUUGGAAAUAAGAACCUCUUCACAGUGUCUGACUUGAAGCCAGAUCUGCAGUACUAUUUUGACAUUUUUGCAGUUAACACUUACACAAACAUGAGCACUGCAUAUGUCGGCACAUUUGCCAAAACUAAAGAAGAGGCCAAGCAGAAGACCCUCGAACUGAAAGACGGGAAGGUCACGGAUGUGUUCAUCAAGAGAAAGGGGAGCAAGUUCUUAACAUUUGCACCUGUUUCCUCAUUCCAGAAGGUUAUGUUUUACAUUCACUCUUGUCUGGAUGCCAUCCAGAUCCAAGUUAGAAGAGAUGGGAAAGUUCUGCUGUCUCAGAACGUGGAAGGUGUGCGCCAGUUCCAGCUGAGAGGCAAACCCAAGGCCAAGUACCUGAUACGUCUGCGAGGAAGCAGAAAAGGUGCUUCAAUGCUGAAGAUUCUUGCCACCACCAGGCCAAACAAACAGCCUUUUCCUUCUCUCCCAGAGGACACCAGGAUCAAAGCGUUCGAUAAGCUGCGCACCUGUACGUCGGCAACCGUGGCGUGGCUAGGCACGCAGGAGAGGAACAAGUUCUGCAUUUACAAAAAAGAAGUGGAUGAAAAUUACAACGAGGAGCAGAGAAAAAGGGAGCAGAAUCAGUGCAUGGGGCCGGACACCAGGAAGAAGUUUGAAAAAGUCCUCUGCAAAUAUUUUCAUAGCCAGAACCUACAGAAGGCUGUCACCACGGAAACAAUCAAGGGGCUAGAGCCCGGCAGAUCUUACCUCCUGGACGUUUACGUUGUCGGACACGGAGGGCAUUCAGUCAAGUAUCAAAGUAAACUGGUUAAAACAAGGAAGUUUUGUUAAUGACUCUGUACAGUAUAAUAAAUAAAGUUUAUUUAACUCUAAGAGAUAUUCUAUUAAAGAGCGUAUACAGACUGACAACUUGCAUAACUGACAGCUUGUGACAGUGUUUGAACUGUGUAUAAAGAUAUCAACUUGUAUAUUUAUGUUUACAUUAUUCAGUGGUUGUUUGGACAGACUGAGCCUGGCGCUUCCAGACUGCAUCUGGCACUUGCAUUAACACAAGUCCAUGCCAGAGCAUCUCCUUCAGUAUGAGGAGGAAGGCAGAAGAUGUUCUUGAGAAAACUUCUCCAUCUCUGCAUGAACUGAAUUAAGUCACUUAAUAGUACUAAAAAACGCAGAACUCUGCAUUUCAAACUAACUGCCUGGUUAUUGACACAAUAAGCAAAAACACAAGAUAAAAAUGUAAAUUAUUUAUACAUUUUUUGUUUCUUUGUUUUUGUUUUGUUUUAUGAUUGUAAACUAUUCCAUUCAUAAGAGCCAUCCCCAUUGAAAUGUAGUUUUUAGUGUUUGCUGGACUGCGUUCUUGCCAGUUACAUUUGCUAUUGUACAUUAUUUUCAAUUUUAACAUUAUUGAGUUAAAUGUUUUAUUAUGUCCAUUUAUGUACAAAGUUGUCUUACAAAUAUUUGUGUACAUAAUUAAAUAUAUAACAUAUAA